AUGCCCCUAGGCGACUCGAUAACCGACUAUGGCUGCUGGCGAGCCUGGAUCUACCUCCGCCUCCAAAAUGACCCCGACCUCUACGACUCCGUCGACCUCGUCGGUGGUGAGCGCGCAGGCGAGAUCUGCGACGACUCCGAAUUCGACCGUGAUCACGAAGGACACCCCGGCUUCCUGCCAUCCAAAUGGCCAACGAGGGUCGAGUUGGAUAUCGUGCGAGGAAAGCCGAGGACGGAGGAGUUGCUACGGGCGUAUAGCACGCUUGUGGCGCAGAUUAUCCCGCUUGGGUUGAGCGCGGAAAAGAACGAGCAGGUCAAAGAGCUGAACAAAGCGAUUCCUGCUUGGGCGGCCAAGCCAAAACACCACGUCGAGUCCGAUCUGGGUCGUUGACUUGUUCACUGGUUUCGAUGCCGAGGUGGAUUUGUAUGAUGGUAUACAUGCCAGCUCGUCCGGGAUUCAAAAGAUCGCUGAUGGGUUCUAUCCGGCACUAUUGACUGCGAUUAGAUAUGUCCAGGGGGCUAAAUUCAGUGUCUUGUAACAGGGCGGCGAUGUAUUGAUUGGGGAAAAGGAGGAAGCCAAGUGUCAUUAAAUAUCCUAUAUCCAAAAUCCGCAUCGC